AUGUCUGCGCGCGUUCUGGAGAUCGACGGUCAAUUCUUGUAUAUGCCGGGCUGUAUGAUUAUUUCCUUUGACGAUGCGUCUACCCACACUACCGAAGUCAAGCUGGUCCGCUCUCACCAGGGUGUUGACCUGAGUCGACUGUCCGACGUACAUCAAAUCUACAAGGAGGUGAUUCACGACGUCAUAGGCGUCGAGGAAGCUACGCAGCGGCUCGAGGAGAUCAUGAAGAGACCGGACAAGUACCCGGUUUGGCUCCUGAUUUUGAUUCACGGUUUCGCCAGCGCCAGCGUCGGGCCCUUUGCCUUUAAUGCCCGCCCCAUUGACAUGCCCAUCGCUUUCGUGUUGGGAUGUCUCCUGGGUAUUCUACAACUGGUCCUGUCUCCUCGGUCCUAUCUCUACUCAAAUGUUUUCGAGAUCUCGGCAGCGGUCUUGACGUCAUUCCUAGCCAGGGCUUUCGGAAGCAUUCGCUACAACGGUGAACGUCUCUUCUGCUUCUCAGCUUUGGCGCAAUCGUCGAUUGCCCUCAUCCUGCCCGGAUACAUGGUACUGUGCGCUAGCCUGGAGCUACAAUCACGCAGUAUCGUCGCGGGCUCCGUCCGCAUGGUUUACGCCAUCAUCUACUCCCUGUUCCUUGGAUUCGGUAUCACAAUUGGCACCGCUGUAUAUGGCCUCUUGGAUAGCGACGCAUCCUCCGAUUACACAUGCCCCGCCAGUCCGAUCACCAACGAAUACCUCCAACAUUUCCCCUUCGUCAUUCCUUUCACCAUCUGCCUUGCCCUUGUCAACCACGCCAAGUUGAAGCAAAUCCCGGUGAUGAUCGUCAUUGCUUUCGCGGGGUAUGUCACCAACUAUUUCGGCUCCAAGCGAUUCUAUUCAAGCACACAAGUGUCCAAUGCGUUGGGCGCCUUCGUGAUCGGCGUCAUGGGAAACCUCUACAGCCGACUGCGCCACGGAUUCGCAGCGGCCGCAAUGCUACCUGCUAUCUUUGUUCUAGUCCCAUCCGGUCUUGCAGCCAGCGGAUCCCUGAUCUCCGGGAUCGCAUCGGCAGAGCAAAUCACCAGCAAAAUCACACCCUACUCUGUCGUUGCCAACGGCACACAGGGAUUCGUGGAUGCAGCAAAGAACAUGACCACAACAACAAGCAACGAUCAAUUCCACGGAGUCGUCUUCGACAUCGGAUACGGCAUGGUCCAGGUCGCAAUCGGCUUCACCGUCGGUCUUUUCCUCGCUGCAUUGGUCGUGUAUCCGCUUGGAAAGAAACGCAGCGGACUGUUCAGCUUUUAA